CUUUCACUAAACAGUUUACUUCUUAGCAGUUUUCACAUCAAUAUCAUAUAUUGAUUUGCAAGCAUUAAUUAUCAUCUUAGAUUUAAACUAAUUAUAUCGUGUGAAAAUAACAACUUUCCGGCGUAAAAAAUAUGAAUCAAACAAACUCAAUGAAUGAAGCUGUUUCGUCGUUUGUUCAAUUUACGCAGAUCGAUUAUGCGAUCAUUUUUUCAUUACUAUCAUUCUCAUUAUUAAUUGGCAUAGUUAUCGGAUUUUUUUGUAAUGGUGGACGGACGACGGAAGAUUUUUUAUUUGGUAGCUUUAAAAUGAAAAGCCUUCCGGUGGCUCUGUCAUUGAUAGCCAGUCAAAUUUCACCGCUGGUUAUUCUAACAAUGCCGGUGGAAAUUUAUUCAUAUGGAUGGCAAUAUAUGUUGUUUAUACCAACACUUUUUCUAGUUAUGUUUGCAUUGUGUUACAUAUUUUUACCGAUUUUAUAUCAAAACAAAUUGGACAACUGCUAUACGUAUUUAGAUUUGCGGUUCGGCCCAUUGGCCCGUAACAUCAACAUCGUUGCAUUUACAAUAAAUAAUUUUUUAUAUUUACCUGUGAUAAUGUACAUACCAUCAUGUGCAUUUGCUGAACUGUCUCAAUUCGAUGUGCAUGUGGUGAAUGUGAUAGUAUGUUAUAUUUGCGUUUUGUAUACGGCUCUAGGUGGCUUAAAAGCAAUCAUUUCAAUUGGAUGUGUGCAUGCAAUAAUUUUGACAUUAUCAAUUGUUGCUAUUGCAUCGCUCGGAGUUUAUCAUGUGGGAUUGGAUGAGAUAUGGAGCCGAUCUGUAGUUGGAGGUCGAAUCGAUACACCUGAUUUAUCUGUGAAUUUGACGACGCGAACAACUUUAUGGAAUCUCUCAAUCAGUACAUUUUUGGUGUGGGUUGCACAUUUAGCCUUCAGUCAGAAUAACAUUCAGCGAAUUGUUUCGUUGCCAACGUUGCAGGAUGCAAGAAGGACAGUUGUGAUAUUAUUUACUGGCGUUGCGGUAAUGUUGUUCAUAAAUUGUGGCAUUGGCUUGAUUAUGUGGGCUUUUUACUAUCAUUGUGAUCCGGUUAAAGCCGGCAUUCUACCAAACUAUGACAAAUUAUUGCCGCAAUUUGCACAAAGCAUUGCUGUCAACAUAGCUGGCAUGCCCGGCCUAUUUGUUGCCUCUUUAUUUUGUGCAUCGUUCAGCGUUUGUGCGCCCAUGUUACACUCAUUAUCUGGCAUUUUGUACAGAGACUGUAUUCGCCCAUUGAAUUUGUUUGCCGACAAUGAUGCCAACGCCAAUCUUGUGAUGCGUAUAUUAAUCUUUGCCAUUGGAUCAUGGUGUGCGAUGAGCAGCACAUUGGUGGAAACAUUUCAUUCAGCUUUUCAUGUUUUAAAUGCUGUCACCAGCAUGACAACGGGAGCUAAAGUUGGUGUAUUCACAAUGGGUUUAUUUUGGCCUUGGACAAAUAUUAAUGGCCUUUUAACGGGAACGAUAUUAAGCAUGUGUGUUGUAUUUUCUUUGAUUGUUAAUGCUCAAUAUCAUAUGGCAACAGGUGAACUUCAACACACUAUAAUGCCAACAUCAAUCGAUGGAUGCCAUAGUGAAAAUUUAACACGUGUUCAAUCAUUUCCGGAAGAGAUACUUUACGGUGAAGCCGACGAAGAGUUUGGACUCCAUGAUAUUUCAUCCCAUUGGUAUACUUUGAUUGGAGUAAUUUGCGUAUGGAUACCAGGCGUAUCAAUCUCUUAUCUUACUGGCGGUCGUGAUUUAAGCAAUUUCAAUUUUCAACUCGUUUCGCCUCUGAUCCACAGAUGGAUUCCCAAAAAAUGUUUACAUACUAAACUAAAAGUGAUUAGCAUUGUAAAUGACAAUGAUGAAAAACACACGUUAACCAAAAGAAAUACACAUAUAAUUCAAUGAAAGUUUGAAUGAAUUACCAAAUUGUGUACAAAUUGAUAUACGAAUUUAAAAUUAUUAUAAAUGAUAUGUGCAUGUUUAUAAUAUAAAAUACUAGCCAUACAGAUUCUUUUACAAAUAUGUGAUUUUUACUCGCGAGCUAAUG